ACACUUCAACAACAAAAGCGAGUCAGUCACUUCAGUAGCUUGCUAGGCGGCAUAGCCUAAACAUUCAAGCUUUUUAGACUGUUUCAGUGCAUAUUUGCCUAUGUUUUUUAAACAUACUUCUGUUUUACAGCUUUUUGCCCCAUUUAUUUUCAUAUUAAUGCUGUUAGACAGGCAGAUGUUUUACAUUUGCAUAGCGCUAGGCUAGUCGCUAAUGCUAGCUUGCUAACAUCCCCGACCAUGAGCUCCCUAAACUUCUCCCCUCCUGUUAAAGAAGAAGAGGUCUGCUGGACGGAGAAAGAAGCUCUGGGGCUGAACAUUGUCGUGAAAGAGGAGAAGGAAGAGGAGGAUGUCACAGUAAAACUAGAGGGUGAGGCUGUUACAGUGAAAGAAGAAGAAGAGAAAGACGUUACAGUGAAAGAAGAGGAAGACUCGUUCAGAGUGAAAGAGGAGGAGGAUGUUACAGUAAAAGAAGAGGAGGAAGAGAAAGAGGAGGAUGCCAUUUUUGGAGUGAAUGAGGGAGAGAUAACUGUCACAUUGAUGGAAGAACAUGAGCAGGAGGAGGAGACAGGCGAUCUGAUUAACACCAGAGAGAGACCAGACUCUGACAGCGGGAAGAGUUCCUCAGAGGAAACAGACCCGGAGAAGCCUAACCAACACCACUGCUCCCACUGUGGAAAGAGUUUUAGGUGGUUAGGGAGCCUGAAAAUGCAUGAGAGAAUACAUACAGGAGAAAAGCCCUACCACUGUUCCCACUGUGGAAAGAAUUUUACUCAGUUAGGGGCCAUGGUUGGGCAUGAGAGAACACACACAGGAGAGAAGCCUUAUCACUGCUCCCACUGUGGAAAGAGUUUUAGGUGGUUAUGGGUCCUGAAAAAGCAUGAGAGAAUACACACUGGAGAGAAGCCUUAUCACUGUUCUCACUGUGGAAAUAGUUUUAGGUGGUUAGUGAGCCUGAAAACGCAUGAGAGAAUACACACAGGAGAAAAGCCUUUUCAAUGUUCCCAGUGUGAAAAGAGUUUUAGGUGGUCAGGGAGUUUGAAAAAGCAUGAGAGAAAACACACUGGAGAAAAGCCAUUCCAACAUACUAAUACACAGGAGGGGAAGACAUACCACUGCUCUCAUUGUGAAAAGACAUUUUCCCAGUCAGAGGAUCUGAAAUCACACGAGAGAAUAGAGAGGCUGUGUUCUGACUUAUGUUUUUGACUGAGAAUUUGUCCACGGCCAAUAUUCACAGGGCCAGGGACACCUGAAAAAAAAUCAGCAGCGGACACUUCUGAACGUUUAUCCAACAGGCCUGUACAUCCAUGAAUGGAUCUCUAUACAUUUAACAUUACAUUUAAGUCAUUUAGCAGACGCUCUUAUCCAGAGCGACUUACAAAUUGGUGCAUUCACCUUAUGACAUCCAGUGGAACAGUCACUUUACAAUAGUGCAUCUAAAUCUUA